AUGAACUUCUAUCCUCCACCUCCUGUUAUCACAGCAGAUUUGCAUGUGACGAUUCCAGAGGAAUUGUACUGCACCGAAGAGAGCGAGUGGCGAGGAGGGUUUGUUGGAAAGUUUCGAAAUAUCUUCUUGGAAGGUCCAACGGUAGAUGCGAAUGGCGACCUCUUCGUUACAGAUAUUCCAGGUGGCCAGAUACUCCAAAUCGACAAAGAAGGCUGCGUGACGAAGAGAAUCAAGUACGAUGGAGAACCGAAUGGGAUGGCCAUUAGACACGACGGCAAAUUUGUUGUUGCCGACUACAAGCAGGGUUUACUUUUGUUUGACCCAGAAAGCAACACAAUCGAGCCCCUGCUCACGAGAAGGAAUUUAGAACGGUUCAAAGGUCCAAAUGAUCUAGUGGUCAGUUCGACCGGCGAUAUCUACUUUACCGACCAAGGCCAAACGUCAAUGGUCGAUCCGACAGGACGGGUGUACCGACUUUGUCCAGAUGGGAGACUAGACAUGUUGGUAUCAAAUGGCCCUUCGCCGAACGGACUGGUCCUAUCACCAGAUGAGCGUUUUCUUUACGUUGCCAUGACCAGGUCAAAUGAAGUGUGGAGGUUGCCUCUGAACCCUGAUGGUUCCACGUCAAAGGUUGGAGUGUUUUUUCGGUCAUUCGGCAAUGUGGGCCCAGACGGCCUGACCAUAGAUGAGGAAGGAAACCUCUUCAUCUGUCAUCCUAGCCUAGGGUCCGUAUUCGUGGUAGACAAGCAUGGAAUCCCAAAGGCGAGGAUUGCCAGCGGAACAGACGGCAUCAACUUGACAAAUUGCACAUUCGGCGGACCCGAGGGCAAAACAUUGUAUAUUACAGACAGUCUUCUUGCAAAUGUACAGAAAGUGGAAUGGCAUUGCGCCGGGAUUAGUACUCUGAAGAAAUAG